AUUGCAUCUUACCACUUGCCUAGUGCUGCUACUUUGAACCACAUUAAGUUUGCUUGAAUAUUGCUUUCUUAACUACUGUCACUUUUAAAACUUCCUUGAUUCAGAUUUGCAUAGAAUGUUUGUCGACUUCGCCAGAAGAGAUUUGGAGUCCACUGCCAAAUCGUUCAGAUCCUGGGACACAUGUAUGGACAACAGAACCUGUAAGAUCGUCGCCAUUGUGUUGAUCGUCCUCGGGGGUAUAUUCGCCCUCUGGGUGAUUUCCACCUUGAUCCAAUGCUUAUGUAUGGGAGUCAGCUGUGUCGAAGCCUUGUGCUGUUGCUGCUGCAGAAGAACAAAAUCUCAACCAACCUAUGUUGUGGCUAAACAGGAGCCCCAGUAUAAUCCAAAUAUGUAUCCUCCUAGACCGGCUCCGCAAUACGCAAUGCCUCAGCCUCCCAUGGCUCAACAAUACCAACAACCACCACUGGCCUAUGUGCCCAACCAGGGUUACGCUCCAGUCAGCACAAAUUCGUAUGUCACCGACGACCGCUCGUUCGAGGACGACAAAAACACUUACAGAGGAUACCGUUAGUCGUACAUAUAUAAUUUAUGAAGCGUUUACGAAGAGUAAUGUAGCAAAAUAGAAUCACA